AUUACUCAUUAAGGAGAAACAAUAAAAAAUAAAAAAGCAAGAAAAAUUACUUACUUGUACGGACGGUUUCGUCCGAGUUUCGCUAAAGUGUGUGUAAUGAAUAUAUAUGUAAUGUACGCUUGAGAGUAGCUCGUCGUUAUGGAGUUGGCCAAGGAGCUGAUAACGGCGGUGCAGAGGAACAACUCGCACGCCGGGUACGGACUGCAAAAGGAGUGCGAGGCGCUGGUCAGCCACGUGCUGAGCAACAUGGUCAAGACGAAGAUGCCCCCGCUGGACUCCGAUGCCAAGAACGAGGAGGACUCGGCCAGGUUCAGGGAGGAGGGUAACCAAAGCUUCGUGUCGGGCGACGACGACGAGGCGAUAGAAAAGUACACGAUGAGCCUAGCUUACGCGCCGAGCCGAGGAUCCAUGGCCCUGGCCCUGGCGAAUCGUUCGGCGGCCCUCUACCGCAAGAAGCUGUACCGCGAGUGCCUGAUCGACAUAGACGCAGCCCUGGUCCACGGCUACCCGCCUGACAAGCAGAGGAAGCUCAAGGAUCGGGCCCAGAAGGCCGUGGAGGCCGUUCGCCAGCUCUACCGGCCCAAGGACCUCAACAUGAACGACCUGCCUGCCACUGGGGACCCCAACCAGGAGCCGAUCGAGGGCGACCUCGCCAUGAUCAGGAAGUUCAUCGACGACCGAGCUGCCCCCGAAGCCUGCGCCACGGAUGAUCUCGACGAGUUGAUGUCCAAGGGGAGGAAGGGCCCGGCCAGGUACAUCGUCGAGGAGAGGGAGCUGUCCUUUGCCCACGGUCCCAGCGAGGAGGCCCCGGCUCUGAGCAAGGGUGUGCGGAUCGCUUACUCCCAAAAGUACGGGAGGUACCUGGAGGCCACCGAGGAGUUCCAGCCCGGGGACAUUGUUGCCAUGGAGAAGCCGUACGCUUACGUCGUCUACAGGGAAAAGUACUACACGCACUGUCACCACUGUUUGGAGCGCAGUUACAACUUGAUACCGUGCCCGGCGUGCCCCGUCGCCCAGUACUGCUCGGAAAAAUGCAAGACGCGGGACUGGGAGUUGGCCCAUGGCACCGAGUGCCCCAUACUCGCGGUGCUUUCCAAACUGCUCAAGCUGGACAAGGACAAGAUACGAAUACUCACGAAAAUCAUACGCUUGCUGAUAAUAGCCACGAAAAAUGGCACGGCCAUAGACGAGGUGCGCAGAGACGCGGAGAUAGCCGAAAAAAAUCCAGAUAACAGAACAGCGGGAUUCACGGACGAUGGGAAAUUUUUGGGCCACGAAACCAGGUGCGCGCUCAGUUUGUCCACGAACUUGGACACGCGUCCCUUGAUGGAGGUCAGUGCCUUUGCCUGCAUAUCAGCCCUGGCCGCUGUGCUUUUGGCCGUGGUUACGAAAUUCUUUGGGAAAAAGUAUGAAAUGGACGAGCUCAGGGAAGCCGUUGAAAAAGACGACGUCAAGUUCUGCGGUACGCUCAUAUUUCGCAACUGCGUCAUAGUGUCGUCGAAUUCGUACUCGGUUGGUAUGGUUUAA